UCCUGAGCUUCUAAAGGUUGAGUCCCAAUUGUAGAUAUUAUUACGGGGCGGAUCAAAGGAACUAUGGAUGUCUUUUAUACUCCGUCUAGUCUGAUCUACCAUCUUGGAUAUCUCGAUCCCCGGUCCACAAUAAUGAACGGCUAAGAAGGCAAUAGUCUCCAGGGAUAAGGACUAGUCCCGAAUAGGCAACCCAUUACACUUCCCCAAACGCGUCAGCCACGCGUCAGUCACAUGACGGAUCUCGCGCCUUUGUUUGCCGACCCGAUGGAGACUAGCGGCGACCGCUUCACAUCAUCAAAACAAAAGAAGGGAAACACCGCAGACGUCGGGGCAACCGAGAUCUAGACAAAGCUGGCCUGUGAUCGUCGCCUUCUUCUUUUUGCGCCUGGACUCCGUUACAUGUGUCUGGCUUAGCUCUGUCAAAUCGGAUUUUAUCUUUCCGGUUCUAUCUCUGUCGUGAUCACAGCGUGCAUUCGUUACCAUUGGACCUUGGGCACCUUUGUGGCACCACGCAACAUACUUCGAUCAUCGUCAAUAGCUGCCAGAUCGCACCAACACCACCGCUCCAUUGCCUUGCCUAUAACUGGAAACCAGGAACAAUAUGGUUAGCCCACCCUCCAACUAUUCUAACUUAUAAAACAGACGAACGAAAUGGACGAUUUAGCUAACCUCGCCCCUUCUUUCAGCCGUCUGGCUUCCGACGUCUGGCGGCAGACCAUGCCGCCCUACACGAGGACCUCCCGCCGAAUUACCUCCAUCCCUCCGAAGAUUCGUCCGGCGAUGACUUGACUCAACUCUCGACCCUGUUGGCUGGACCGCAGGGCACGCCGUACUCGCAGGGUCUAUGGCGACUCCACCUCAAAAUGCCCGAGGAUUACCCCAAGAGCCCGCCCAAGGCCACGUUCAGAACUCGCAUAUGGCAUCCGAACGUGGAGGAAUCGACGGGGGCUGUGUGCGUGGAUACAUUGAAACGGGACUGGAAACCGACAUUGACGUUGAAGGAUGUUCUUAUCACGAUAUCAUGUCUCCUGAUUUAUCCGAAUCCAGACUCUGCCUUGAAUUCGUCGGCCGGAUCGCUCCUCCAAGAAAACUACGAAGCCUUUGCCCGCCAGGCAAAGCUAAUGACGUCUAUCCAUGCGCCUGUCCCGGCAGACAUGAAACAGGCAGUGUCCGAGGCAAAACUACGAGGAGAGGAUGCGGGCACGGUGAUUCCAGAGCAAGAGGAUGGUCGAUUAUUACGGUCUCGCAAAAACGUCAAGACCCAAACAGUGACAAUGAAGAAAACCGCCCAGACGAACGCACCCGCUACUACCCCGCUGACGACAGCAAAAUCGCAACCGUCGCCGUACCAACUCGAUAACCAAGAUACAUCCGACGAUGACGACGAUGACCAACUCGAUGAUACAGAAAAUGACUCCCCGGCCCCUACCUUCUCAGACGACGAGCCCGACAACCUCUCUGCCGCCAGCAAAGAGAACGACCCCUCGCUAUCCCCAUCUCCCGUCAAGUUCUUCUCGUCGAGUCCCCGCAAGAAUGCCUUCGGCAAACGACCCCUGUCUGUCCUCACAGUCCCAGUCGACUACCCAGAUCCCUCAUCCGCAACGGGAAUGGGCAUGGCCUCAGAUGGAGACAACAGCGACACCGACACCGACCACCCCAUGACUGCCUCUGAAAAGAACAUCGCCGCCAACCACCACUCCGCCGUCCGCGACCCCCAAUACCACAACUCCCUUGAUGGCUCCCCGCAGCGCAAAUCCCCUAAACUCUCUCUCCUCCAUAAAGGCGUCAACUCCUCCGGCCGCAUCCGUGACGAUCUCCAAAUCUUCGAGGACGUUCCCGAGCCCGCGACAGGAAAUGGGAUGGACCUAGACCGUCAAAUGAGCGGCGACGGCAAAGAGAACCAUGAAUCUUCCUCGUCCACCUCCGCCGCAGGGUCUAAGGGUCUACGGGAUCGAAAACCUCUCUCCACUUCCUUCCCAUCGACCAUCCUCGCUCCCUCGUCAACGAUCCCAGCCGGCAGUACGGCGGCCAAUACCUUUCCCGCGGCUGCUCCUGGCCUGGGCACCUCUAAACUAUCCAGACCGGGCCUCCUAGGCUCGAGAAAAGUCUCCGGCUCUGGCAUGAAAAAAGCGAAACCUCGUCUUGGUAUUAGGAGGCUGUAACCUCCUUACCUACCUAACCAUCCUCCAUCAACCAUCCCGUUACUCUUCACGUACCCUUAUUUAUAAUACCUUCAGGUUAUACCUGACUCUCUUCCUAUAUCCCUAUCCCCCACCCUUCUUGUUCGUUUCUCUUUCCUUGUCCUUUUUAUUCCCCUCUGUCCUGUCUUCCCAUGCCAGGGCUUCUGUACGGGGUGUAUGUCGCAUUUGGCUUGGCGUUUUCCAGUUUUUUAAAGUGUUCAGCAUUGGGGCCAGGGUUGGAAUCGGACAGGCAACUGACAACUGAUUGGCGUGCAUGGCAUACAUACAUUCAUACAUGAGUUCUGAAAAAGUGACUUAUAUACAUUUCUCCCUCUCUUUCUCUC